UGCAGCUGCUCUCUCUCUCUCUCCCCCUCUGUGUCUCUCUCUCGCUCGCUCUUUCUUUGCUGGAAGACGUGAUGAAGCCGCCGGCGCUGCCGCUGACAUCGCUGCUGCUGGCGCUGCUGCUGAGCGAGGGACUGCCGCCGAGCGCUGGCUCCGCGGUGCUCAUCUCGGAUAUGACCAUGACCAUGAUGGUGGAGCUCUCGUCGCGUCAUCCGUUCUGCAAGAUGCACACGGAUCGGGGCGACAUUCAGCGCAUGUUGCUGCAGUCGGAUCCGCGUCGCAUACGGCAGGUGCCGCGCGAGUCGGUCGUGGAGCUGGAGGAGGUGUGCCGGCGUCAGGGCUCCUAUGGGCAUGAGUUUCGCGGCGGCCUCGGCUUCAUCUAUCCGGGCACAAAAUGGUGCGGUCCGGGCACAGCCGCCACCAGCUACGAUGAUCUUGGGCAGCAUGCGCGCGAGGAUCGAUGCUGUCGCGAGCACGACAUGUGCCCGGAUGUGCUCAACGUGGGCGACUGCCGGCGCGGUCUGUGCAAUCGCGGCACCUUCACCCGAUCCCAUUGCGAUUGCGAUGCCCGGUUCCGGCGCUGCCUGCAGGCGGCCAACACGGAGACGGCCAACACGCUGGGCGCCAUCUUCUACAAUGUGGUGCAGGUGACCUGCUUCCAGGAGCGCAGCCCCUGCUCGGCGCACCAAAGAGCUGGCUACAAUCAAACGGAGCAGGAGGCCAUCUGCGCCCAGUGGCAGUAUCAGCCCUCGGAGAAGUAUGUGCCCAGCCAGCCGCGCACCUCGUAGAUGCCACCAUAGCUGACCGACCUGCAAGUCUACAAAUCUACCAAGCAAAGCAAUUUAGCUAUAGCAAUGACUAUAACCCGAAACCGAGCCCCAGCCCGAGCAGCUCUUAACCUGAUUCCUAAAAAACAAAAAACAAAAUGAAAACAAAACAGAAACCGGUGCCAAAAAGAAA